AUGGAACGUCAACGUCGUGCUUUUAGUGUAGGGCUGUUCUUAGUGCUUUUGUCAUUAGUGGGGUUUGUGAAAACUGCCACUGGAAACUACAACAUUCCCGAUGAACUUAUUCAUUGCUAUCGAGGCAAUGGAACACUUCCGGGACCACCACAUACGCUACCGUUCCUACUCGAACUGAUACGAAAAAUUGAACGCCACAAUCCUACCACGCUAGAUAUACGUAUGCUAAGUGCUGAAGUCAUUCACCGACUACGCAUCGAUGGCAUUGAGAAAGUUCCGGGUGUAGCCGAAACGGAAUUCGUCACUCCACACAGUCCCCGUGGCAUAAUGGUGCCGAAGUAUGCACUUCAACGGCAGCUAGUAUCGAACGUGCCGGGACGAAUCGAUUUCGAAGCAUUCUUAACACCGUUCGAAAUCUGCAACCUGCACCGGAUGUUGAGCAGUUCCGUUGAACCAUUCCAGCGCGAUGAUGAACGGCUGACCUGUCCGCUUACACUGAUGAGCAACGAUGGUAAUGCGCAAGCACCAUGGAUCACCCAGAACAAAUCGCAGAAGAGCAACUCCAAUCGGACGACAUUCGCGCGCCCGCUAUCCCGCUGUCCGCUCGAGCGUGGAACGUGUCACACCACAGAGUACGGUACGAUUGCACCGGGCAUAGUGAUCAUGUCGAUUGCGGCCGGCCUCCAGCCACAGAACGUCCUGAUCAGUGAGUUCGUGACGGCUUAUCGGAAGAAAAAUCCGUACGAAAAUCUUGAAACCAUGGACAAGGCGGACACACGCAAGCAGCUGGACAAGCUGUUUGCUUCGCUCGAAUCGAUCGAUAACAUGUACGCGGCCGGAUUGGCGGGCGAUCUGGCCGAGGUGUGCCUAUACCAGGGACCAGCGCUUAUGCGGGACGUCGUCAUUGGUCUGGCCGGCAGUUGGAACGACACGUACUUCCCACGUGCUCGCUACUUAAGCGAAGCUCACGCCGGGCGAUGGGAAAUGACGGACAGUGAAAUAUUGGCCGGCAUCGAUGGGUUCUUUCUUGCCCAGCAAACACCCCAACUGUACAAACGUUUGCGUCGUUUGCGGCUGUCGCAGGUGCUCGAAAUGUACUACAGUGAUCGUGGUAUACCCGUUACCGCGAUCGAAACGAUUUCUCAUCGUAGACGCAUUGGGCCGGGCCACGGGAGACCUACGAAGCGUGCACACUUACUGGGAGAUCUACGAUCUGCCGACGACGAGAGUGCACAGUUUAGUGCGAAAGCAUUAGGUGGGACACGGUUCCACGCCGUGUUUGAUGGUGAAGAGAUUGAAGAGGAUGCGACCCAAAAGCAAUCGGUGGAUGAUGUGACACGUGCUUGCCAGCGGAAAAACAUCCUGCGUUCCAUCGAAACGGAUAAACUGAAACAGGAAACGUACAAGUUCGUGGAACUACUGCAAUACACGACAGGCAGCGUGAUAGUGGAUGAGCGUUUGAUGCAGAACAUCUGCAACGCGACGGUCGAUAAGUUUGUAGAUCAAGCUAGCUUGCUAUUGGACACGGUGUCUGACUGUCCGUCGGCGAGUUCGGAGGCUGGUAGGUUUGUCGUUAAGCCGAAUGUGGAUCUUACGGUCGUGCUGGACGGUUCCCGGGACGAGUAUCGCAAUCUGCAGCUAAUAUCAUAUCUGGCGGAUUUAGUAGACGUCUCCAGCUACGGAUCGUCCCUGUCCGUUGUACACGGGUCCACUGGUGAAUAUAUGGUGAACAAGACGCAUAGUAUUUCUACCACGUUUGAACAACUUCUACGCUUUCAAGGAUCGUUUCCCCGACAGUUAUCGCUCUCUAGAAGUUUUGCCUCGAUCGUCAGUACGCUUGCUACACAGAUGGAUGAAGAGCGAUCGAAUUUCACCGUCGGAUCUAAUGCCCCCGUCGUGCUCGUAUUCGCUCAAGCCCACCGUAUAGCUAAUGCGGACUUUGAAAGUGCUCGCAGAAUGCUGCGUGGAUCGUUUGAACAGUUUCCGGAUCUUUAUUUCGGUUUUGUCACUAACGAUGGAGACACAUUCCGGCAGCUAACUAAUUUUACAGGUACAACGCACAGCCGAUCGGCGGAUGAACAUUAUCACAUCAUCGAAACGUCGCUAACAUCGAUCCCAAGUUUUGCAAGCGAUCUUACGCAAAUGUUACGCAGUAUUCCCCAACGGUUAAUUGCGCCCAAUUGUCACACGGAUAGUAAUCGUGACUUUUGGCGGGCGACUGUAGUUCGUGAAGAGUACGAACAGUAUCUAUCGCCAGGUGUUGAGCUACGGUACCGAUUGGGACAGCUGUUCCUGCGCAACAGUGAGAACGUACGGGUACAGUUCAUGAACACCGAUUAUGGGGAGUUUACCGUGUGCGAAGGGCGCAAUCAUCGAGUCGCACCCGAUAACUGCCAAACAACGGGUCCCGGUGCGGAAAGCCUAUGGUUCAAUCAUACCCGUCCGUGUGAUGGAGUGCUGGAUCAUGCAUGUCGAUCACUGUACUACACCGUACGGUUGGAAAGUUCCAAUGUGCUCUGUAACGAAAACGAUUGCCGCUAUCCUGAUCAGGUACGGUUCGUUAUACGGCACGAGGGUAUUCGAUGCAUGAGCGAUGGUAAUGGGGCCGAAAGGAUGCAUCUUAUACAUUCACCUUGGAUGGUAUUUUGUAUAGUGACGAUACUUAGAUUAUUUAUGUAAAACGAAAUAAUAAU